AUGAAAAGCAUAGGUCUCAUAUUUUUCUCACUCGUUUUGGCAGUCCUAUACAGUAGGUGCACUUCAGGCUUAUAUACAAAUGUGAAAGAAAUAACAACAGUAGAUAGUCUGAAAGAAUUCGAGGAUUUGUUAAAUUCGAAAAAAAUUUGCCUAGUUGAAUUUUAUGCAACAUGGUGUAGGGCUUCCAGAGGAUUUGCUAAUGACUUUACAAGCAUAGCAAAAACGUUAAAAGAUGACAUAACAAUUUUGGCUGUAAAAAAUGAAGAUAUAAUUAAUCAUUAUAAAAUUGAAGCAUUCCCAAGUGUACAAGUUUUUUUCGUAAAUGAUAAUAAAAAAGAUAUUGAAAAUUUUGAUGGGAAUUAUAAAAUAAAAGAGGUAGUUUCCUUCAUAUAUGACAGUAUAAAAAAUUAUCGUUUGAAACAAUUGAAUAUUGAUAUUGGUGGAAAAAAUAAAAGUUCUUAUAAAAAAAAAUCAAAAAAAAAAAAUGAUGGAAAAGUUAUAAUACUGAAUGAUAGUAACUUUGAUAAAAAUGUGUUGCAAAAUGAUGAAAAUGUUUGGUUUGUUUUUUUUUAUGCUCCUUGGUGUGGACAUAGUAAACCAAUACAUCCUAUGUUUGAUGAAUUAGCUAAAAAAGUAGCUAAUAUGAAAAAUGCUAGAAUUGCGAAAAUUGAUGCAACAGUUGAACAAAGAUCAGCACAAACUUAUGGGAUAAACCAUUAUCCAUCUUUUCGAUUAUUCCCAUCAGGAAAUAAAAAAUCACACAGUGCAGUAGAUUAUAACGACUCAAGAACUGUAGAUGACCUUUAUCAAUUUUUUUUAAAAUAUUAUACAGAAAAAAAGGAAGUAAUUCAGUUAACUUCUCAACAAGUUUUUGAUGAAUAUUGUGAAAAAGACGUAUGUCUACUAGCUAUUUUACCAAAUAAAGAAGAUACAGAACUCAGCUAUUUUAAAUCAUAUAUUCAAAUAUUAAACAGUGUUAUUAAAGACGUCAGUAGAUUACCUGUCUCUUUAUUAUGGACACAAGCAGGGGAUCAAUUAGACAUUGUGCAAAAGUUAAAUCUAACAUUUGGUUUCCCCACUGUUAUUGCUAUUAGUUUUUCAAAAAAUGUGUAUUCGAUUUUGAAGGGAAAUUAUUCUGAAAAUUCCAUAAAAAAUUUUAUCACACAAAUGAUGAUGGGGAAAGCCUCUGUUGACAACUUGGUUCCCUUUACUGUAAAAAAUGCCCCAAAGUUUUCCUUCAGUAAUGUGAAUGAAUCCAAUUCGGAAUUGUAA